AUGGACGACGAAGAGCUCUGGAACAGCGACCCCAAGGUCCUCCAAGACUCCGAGUGGCAGAAGAUCUCCAACGACUUCACAAACGCAGGCUACCGCGAAGGAAUCACCGCGGGGAAGGAGUCGGCCUUGCAGGACGGCUUCGACGACGGCUUCGCCAGCAUCGGCGCGCCCCUCGGCCGCGAGCUGGGCCUCCUCCGCGGCACCUGCGCCGCCCUCAUCUCCGCCCUCACCUCCGACUCCGACUCCGUUCUCCUCGUACGAGGAGCACGGAGCACGGAGGAGAUCGUGGCGGAGCUGCGCGACGUCGCCGCGCGCCUGUCGGAGGUCCGCCUCUCUGACGUCGCUCCGCCCGACCUGGAGGCCAUUGCGCACGCGCGCGAGCAUCUCGAGGAGAACGCGCGCCCUGCGGGAAAUGAAGACAUGGACUUAAUGGACGCGACGGACCUGAACGACGACUUGAAGCAGAAGAAGGACAUGGAAGGACUUGAGGACCUUAUGGCGCGCAUGGGCGCAGGAGCGGGCGCCUCCUCGGCCCCCGAACGGCCGACGGCAGAGGACGUGAAUCGACUCAAGGCGCGACUUGUGGCCGUCGCCGCUGCACUCGGACUCGAUGUCGAAUGGAGCUGA